AUGUCUACGCAGAGAGUGUUCGCGCUGCCCAGACAGCAUUCCCUGCUGCUGCCCGCCGUCAUCAACCCAUUCGUGCACGACCUUAAGUUAACUAAAGCCGAUAAAAUCAAAUGUUUUCUACUAGGAAUCAUCCUUGUGCCACUCCGUGCCAUUUUCUUGCUUCUUGUUCUAAUGAUCAUGUGGCCAGUUUCUGCCAUGAUAACAUUCAGACAGUCUCUGUCUGGAGCGGUGGAGCCCAUAACUGGCUGGAGAAGGUUCUUGCACAAAAAAGUGAUGACUUUUCUAGGCCAGAUGUAUUUCUUCGGGAUGGGUUUCAGGGUGGUGGUGAAGGGGAAGAAGGCCAGCAGUGCAGAGGCCCCCAUUCUAGUUGUGGCUCCUCACUCUUCUUUCUUUGAUGCCAUCGCCUGUAUUGAAGCUGGACUGCCUUCUUCUGUAUCCCGCUCCGAGUCCCUGGAAGCACCAAUCUUUGGCAGAUUUUUGCGCUGUGUGCAGCCAGUGCUUGUUUCACGCAAAGAUCCAGACUCUCGUAGAAACACUAUACUUGAGAUUGAGCGGAGAGCAAAGUCAGGGGGACACUGGCCACAGGUGCUCAUUUUUCCUGAAGGAACAUGUACAAACAGAUCAUGUCUCAUUACCUUCAAACAAGGUGCCUUUGUCCCAGGAGUCCCAGUACAGCCUGUUCUUAUCAGAUACCCAAAUAAGUUGGACACGGUCACGUGGACAUGGCAGGGUCCAAAAUCGGCCAAACUACUGCUGCUCACACUCUGUCAGCUUUAUACUACAGUGGAAGUUGAGUUUCUGCCCCCUCAAGUUCCCACUGAGAUGGAGAAAAACUGUCCUAUCAAGUUUGCUCAGUCAGUGAGAUCUGUCAUGGCUGUAUCUCUGGGCUUGCCGGUCACAGACCACACUUAUGAAGAUUGCCGUCUGAUGAUUGCAGCUGGAGAACUGACCCUGCCUAUGGAGACGGGUCUCGUGGAGUUUACCAAGAUCAGCAGGAAAUUGGAAUUAAAAUGGGACAAUGUGAAGAAGGAAUUGGAGAGUUUUGCCAACAUAGCUUGUUCUUGCAAAGGUGGGAGAAUCACAGUUGAGGAGUUUGCCAGUUUCCUCAAACUACCCCUCAGCCCAGUUCUACAGGAGCUUUUCGCUCUGUUUGACAGGGAUGGGGAUGGCACCAUUGAUUUCAGAGAGUAUGUCAUUGGUGUCACAGUUCUGUGCCGACCAGCUAAUAAUGAGGAAGUCAUUCAGACUGCGUUUAAGCUGUUUGACAUUGAUGAGGACAACUGUAUCACACAAGAUGAGUUUAGCUCUUUGAUACGUUCUGCUCUUGGAGUGUGUGAUCUUAACGUCAACAGCCUCUUCACAGAAAUUGAUGCAGAUGGAUCAGGACACAUAACUUAUGAUGAGUUUCGUUCCUUCGCUCUCACACACCCAGAGUAUGCCAAACUCUUCACCACCUACAUCGAGCUACAGCGCUACCAGGGUCUCCAGGGGGAGGACCCAGACUGUGACGCCACUUUGCCUUACUUCUGUACGGCUUCACAUGACGACCAACAAGAAGACAGUACCUCUGACAAGAAAGAUGAUUGACACAGUUGAAGAAUAUAAACCAUGCACUCACAAGGUUUUUACUCUGCCAUACCAUUUGAGCACUUGCCUUUAGCUUGGGUGGAGUGUUUUUAUACACAACCUAAUGCCCUAUCAGCAAAUUUGGUUUUCUUAGUUUUUACACCACCAAGUAUUUCAUAAACUCAAAUCAUUUUUAAAGGCUUUCAGGACAAUGUUUACAAAUAUAAGCAUGCUAAAACACUUAUUCUGUUGCAGCUGAUUGAAAAAGUUGAUUUUAUUAUUCUACACCCCUCAGCUUUUAGGCAUGAAGCUUGCACUCCCACCUCAGUUUUUCAGUCUUUUUUAUUUUAUGAAGUCUAAAAUAUUAUUUGCUUGAAUAUUAUUAAAUUCAUGGAGAUUAUGUACUUAUACACAGGUCUCCCUUUAUGGAAAAUUGAUGUUUUUUUUUUUUUUAGAAUGAAUAUAUUACAGAAGAGUUUCUCACACAAAUACAAACUUUCUUUUGUUUUGAUUUUUUUUCCCUUUGUGCCCAGGGACUUUGGUACAGAAAGUGAGUUUUAAUCAAAGGUUUUGCUUUGCAUCUUGUUUUUUAUUUGCAUUCCCAUUGAGGGGAAAUGUUGCUGAGUUAGCAUUUUGUCCCUGCUGCUUGUUCAGACUAAUACUCUGCUGCAUCCUCUGAAAAUAGGCCAAUUUGUGAGCAAACAGGCAACACAACACGCCCACAGUAGCUCGCACCAGAGGGCAUGGUUCCAAAUUAUCCUACUGCAGUGGUAUUUAUUUAGCAAUGCAGGUUGCAAUUAUAAUUUUGUUAACACAGCAAAGUCAGCUUUUUUGCCAUUAAAAAAAUCCUUUGAAUUUUAA